CUAGACAUUAUCACAUCCUGAUUCUCCCACGCGAGAGGGCCGCUCCGACUCAUCUCCAUAUCCCGGCCGCUCUCCUCUCGGCUUGUCCCUGAUCGGCAAUGACUGGCAAUGGCGGCGAUUACUUUCCAGUGCAACGCAUUGCCCAGGCGUGUCUCCCAUGUCGACGCAAGAAAUGCCGCUGCACCGGCGACCGGCCCGCCUGUGCCCAGUGCCAGCGUUUAGGAACUGAAUGUACAUAUGUUGAUGAAAACCCCCGGCAUCAUAUUGCUCCUCGCCAGGUCGUCCGUGAUGACCCCGACAGCUCGCAAGAUAAUGCAGGAACGGGAGAAACGCAGGCCAACGAACUGUUACGAAGGAUGGCGACCCUCGAGGCAAAGAUCGAGAAUCUCGGAUCAGGCCUCCAACGGAUCGAGCAGUGCCUGGUAGCCUUGGUGGAUGGCGACCAUUCUCGCCGUACCGGCCUGCUAGCGCCCGCGAAGCAAGGCGGGAACCGUCCCGGGAAAUCCUAUGAGACGACAGAAGGAGCUGUCAGCUCGAACUCCCAGCCGUCCGAUUCCCUCUCUGAGGAUUUCGGAAUCCCGGAAGACGUCUUCAUGGCCGUCAUCGAUACUUACUUUCACUAUUGUCAUAACCAGCCCUACUCCUUCUUUCACGAGGAGAACUUUCGGGAACGCCUGCGAGCGCAAAUGAUCCCAAAGCAUCUAGUCCUGACCGUCAUGGCAGUGGCCGUCAGAUUCUGCCCGCACCCAUACUUCGCUGGACGCGUGCAUGAGGCCUCUGUGGAUUAUGCGAACAGAGCCUGGAAGCUCAUCGUGUCCGACUGCUUCACAGUUGGCAAGGUCGCAGAAGUGUCCACUGUGCAGACGGUUGCUAUGCUUGGUCUUUUCGACUUUACAGCCGGUCGAUCACGCCAUGGGUCAGCAUGGGUGAAGGUUGGGCUAGCCGUGAGGAUCGCCCAGGAUUGCGGGCUCAUGCUGGAGAAUGCCACAUACCUUCCCUACGCGGAGCAGGAGGAAAGACGCCGCGUCUUCUGGUCCGUCUAUCUCUUGGAUCGCCUGGUCUCCUGCGGUCGUGGCCGGCCACCGGCCAUAGUGGAUGCGUCGUGCCAUCUACAGCUGCCGUCCGAUGAAUCAAUAUGGAGGAGCGGGCUGUGGACCAGGACUCAAUCACUGGAUGAAAUGGCGAAUCGCACGCUGUCCAUGUCGCAGAGGCAGGGUGCGUUUGCCCAGGUCAUAGCCAUCGCGCAGAUCUUGGGUCGGAUUGCCCAGUACAUGCUGCAGGACUCCAACAUUCGAAGUCCGCAUCCUCCAUGGGAUCCGAGCUCCGACUUUGCGGCCGUGGAGUCGGACCUGCUGCACUUUGAGGCGUAUCUGGAGAUCCAGGUCUCCGUAAAAGAUGUACUGGCUCCGCAUAUCUCGGCUGAAGGAGUCGUGGAUUCGCAAUGCACCGGCCCCAUCAUCUUUUCCCGGGCCCUAUUCCACCUCUGUUACUGUCUGCUCAACCACCCUUUCCUGAUGCGGCGACGCAUCGACACGUGCCGUAACUUAGCCCCUAUGAGCUUCAUGAAACGAUCCUCCGAUUUGGCUUGGCACCACGCGCAGCAGAUGAUGGCACUCAUCCGCGAGGCACGCAAGUGCGGAUGCUCGUUUCACUCCUCGUCCAGCGGAUAUGCUGUCACCGUGGCGGGCUCCAUCAUAGCAUUGCGCACCUACGAUUCGGAUCCGCAGGCUUUCGAGAAACACCAAGUCUUGCUCGACGAGGCCCUGUUAUAUCUAGACACUGUUGGCCAGCACUGGAGCAACGUGGUUACAAUGGCUUCAACGCUCCGACGGAUGGUCUAUAAUGGAUUCUUAGGCAGCAGCCUAGGCGAUUUGACGCAACUAUUGACGUUUACUAAUGCGGAGGAAGAGACGCUCUGGGCGGUGGUUGACUACAAUACCAUGUCCGAUCAAGAUACUGACGACACGACCAUGGAUGGACAGCCGGCAGACGGAGCUUUACUCAGUUCGUGGGUUGAGCUCUUUGGCGCCGUCGAUUAUUCUUUAUUCCCUGCAAUUAGCACAAUUAGCCAAGAUUGAGGAAGCUGGUAGAGGAGCGGGCUAUGUGGGCUAGAGAACGCCGGGCUUUUGCCGGCUCCCAUGUACGAUGUAUACGAUAGAGGUCGCAUUUUGGUAUACACGAGUACUCAAAACAACUGUGUCACGGCAAAGAAUAACGUCAUGGACUGAAAUAUGAAGUACUUGAUUAAAGCGUGACCCUGCUUGUUGCUAAACACCUUGCAAUACAUAAGAUUAUUCUGUCUGGUUCAUUCAACCAGCAGAGAGCAAGUCU